AUGUCUCGUCCGAAUACGAGCCUACAAGGGCUCUACAGGAAAUUUAAAGGCGCAUUUAAAAAAAAACAUUUAGACGCUUUUACUAACAUAAGUGCGGCACAACAAGAAACUAAAGCUCAGCAGCAGCGGCAGCAUCAACAACAACUGUCUUGUUCGGUGCAGGCGGCAGUGAACGAGCCUGGUUCAUCUACCGUCACGGGCAUUUCUCAGCAGGCGCCAAAACAACAAACCUUAGAAAAAUAUGGUACUACGAAGAGAAUCUCCAACGACAUGAAAAAAAAAUUGACCGAAAAGCUGGUUGAGUUGAUUGCACUAGAUACCACACAGGAGCAACAAUCUGAUUCCUAUAGUAGUGAUGCCAAUACUGAUGGAUUUCGGGCCAUACUACAGCAUAUUGUAGGACCAAAAAAACACAUAGUUGGGACACCUUUGUCCAAAGCUAUAAAGGAGAUCAACACAUAUUUUAAUGACGAUAUGCUGCCAGUAUUCCACGGAGACAAAUGGAACUGUCCUCUGGGGUGGUGGCGCGAGCACAAAUUUGCUUACCCAUAUUUAGCUAAAUUGGUAAAACAAUACAGCAAUAUUAUGGCGUCAUCUGUUCCAUGUGAACGCAUAUUUAGUAAAAUGGGAAUAAUUAUAAAUGACCGUCGGACGAGACUUACAUCACAAAAAACUUACGAUUAUUUCGAUAAAUACACGUUUCUUUGCGAAAUGUAUGACGAAGACGCUGAUGAAAUAAAGGAAUUAAUAUUAAACUUUUUUCCAUUUGACAAUUCGAUUCAAGUUAUUGACUCAAAAAAGGCUAAAAAUCUGGUUAAGCGUGUUCAUUUACCGCCUUUACAAAUGCAAAUGCUACAAAUAGGAAAUAUAGUUAAUAUAUUUUCCAAACUACUCUAUAUAAGAGACUGUGCACCUGCCACUCGAAAAACUUUAUACCAUAACAUUCAAAGUACUUUUGCUUUAAUAAAACCUGUACCUCCAAGCUCUCAUGGUAAAAUUAUAACAUUCAUAAUGAAAAAAGGUUUUCGAAUUGUUCGUAUGAAGAAUGGAAAAGUAAGCAAAGAUUUUGCAAAAGAGCUAUAUAAAAAUCUUUCUGGCAGUAAUAUGUUACCAAUUGUAAUAGAUUACAUAACAACUGGAGAAGUGAUUGGUUUGGAACUGGUUGCGCCUGAUGCAGUGAAAAAAUGGCGGACAUGUUUAGGGGAAACCGAUCCUGCAACCGCAGCACCAGGCACACUACGGCGACUUUAUGGAGAAAAUAAAGUUAAAAAUGUUGCCCAUGGUUGUAACACCAUAGAAGAUGCGGCCCAGAUGUUGGAUUUAUUUUUUAGCUAUGAUAAUGGAGUCCCCAGAAUACCUUUCCGGGCGACCUAUAAAAAUUGUACUUGUUGUGUUAUCAAACCACAUGUUGUUAUUGAAGGAAAUUUGGGCGCAAUUCUUGAACAAAUUGCAACAUCUAAAUAUUUUUACAUUUCUGCAAUAGCUAUGUUUUCUGUAAAACUAGUAAAUGCUAAAGAAUUUUUUGAAGUUUAUAAAGGUGUUUUGCCAGAGUAUGAGGCCAUGUCUAUACACAUAGCAGAAGGAAAUUGUGUUGCUUUAGAAGUUAAAUGUAAUGAUCCAAAUAUAAACUGUGUUUGUGAAUUCAGAAAACUCUGUGGACCAAGAGACCCGGAACUGAGUCGUCAACUAUAUCCUGAUUCAAUCAGAGCACUUUAUGGAAAAAAUAUAGUACAUAAUGCAGUCCAUUGUACAGAUCUACCAGAAGAUGGUGAAUUGGAAGUUGAAUAUUUUUUCAAGUUAUUAGCCAAUGAAUGA